UCUGCAUCUCCGGGAACGACGGCCAGACUCACCUGCACCCUGAGCAGGGUCAUCAGUGUUGGCGGCUCUAACAUCUACUGGAUCCAGCAGCAGCCAGGGAGCCUUCCCCGGGAUCUGCUGUACUACUCCUCAGACUCCGAUAAGCACCAGGGCUCUGGGGUCCCCAGCCGCUUCUCGGGCUCCAAAGACGCCUUGGCCAAUGCGGGGCUUCUGCGCAUCUCGGGGCUGCAGGCUGAGGCUGAGGCGGCCUCUCACUGGGCUACAGCUCACGGCAUUGGGAGCAGCCACCGCUCCUCACAGCGUCUCAGAGAAGGAGGAAGUGAGACAAAAAGCCCUGGACCCACAGGCCUUUUCUCUGAGUCUCUUUUAUUGAGAAACUUCUGUGGAGGCUUCUGUAGGGGAGUGUCCUCUGUGCGGAGACCUGUCUUUGCAGAGGAAGGACAGACACACAGACCAUGCUGUGGCCUGAGCCACCACAGGUGUCCCAGUAGAACACCUGGGUGA